AACAAAGAAAUGAAUACUCGGGAACAAAUUAGAGUGAAGCAAAACAAGAUGCAGACAUCCUUUAUAAAAAUAUCGCUUCUCGUUUGCUUAUGCUGUGAUGUUAUUAUUCUCCGAGCUCUGGCGGAUAUUGGGACGGUAAAGGCUUAUCCUUCUCCAUACCUACCAACGAGAUGCAGAGGUAGCGACGAGAAUCAAAUCCCGUCGGACGGAUAUUUUGCAGCGGUGUCAGAGGGGCUUUGGGACAAUGGAGGUGCAUGCGGUAGGAAAUACAGAAUACGGUGCAUAAGUGGACCGAGCCAUCCUUGCAAAGGUGAAGACAUAGUGGUGGUGGUUGUUGAUCAUUGUCGUGGCACCUCAUGCCCAGCAACAAUGGCCCUCUCCAUUAAAGCCUUUAAGGUCCUCUCCAGAUUUACCAACGUCCAAAUCAACGUCGAAUAUAUGCAGGUUUAAUCGUCAUGAUUAAUUGAUCAUGGGAGUGCAGCAUAUAUAUAUAUAUAUAUAUAUA